AGACAGUCAAAAAAAUGAGCGACAACGACAAGCCCCGAGGCGAACACACGAAAACUCACGAGAGCGGAAGUGCUUCUGAAUCCAUCAACAGUUUCCACACUGUGUCCGCUGCUGUCAAUCUUGUCUCAGAAACCCUCGCACUCUCUGUCUCUCACCGUCUUCAACCCUAGUCUCCGUCACGCGCACGCAUCGCACGCACUUCCACUCUCUCUCUCUCUCUCUCUCUCGCUGCUUCAAGCUAGGCCUCGCGAAGCUUGGUCCUCUCGUGCUAGUGAUCAUCAGCUGAGGCAAGCGCACGAUAUGAUCGUCGGAGGAGGAUUCGCUUACAGAGACUCGUAAGGGCCCUCCGGCCGCUCGCUGGCUUGCUGCUGCUAGAGCGAACGCUGAUCCCGCAUUAUCAGUUUUGGUUGGAUGAUUGAGGGGCUUCCGCGGCUUCUGGCGAGAUCGGAGGCGAUGGUGACGGCCGAGAACGAGAGCGUCGACGAGCAGAAGGAGCUCGGCGGGCCGAAGUCGCCGUGGAAGACUCCGGCGCCGGCGGCGCCGGCGGCCGAUGGGACCCCUGCGGACGCGCCGGUGAUGGGCGCGGAGUCUUGGCCUGCUCUUGGCAAUGCUCCGGCGUGGACGAAGAGUGUGGAAUCUCCGGAAAAGCCUCCCGCUUCGGUUGCUUCUGGCAAAGGAGCUCCCACACAAGCUGCUCAGUCUAAGUCUCAAGGGUCUGGAAACUCUAACUCACAGAAGCAUUCAUCACCACGUCAUCAAAAAUCAGGUUCUAAGCGCAACCCAAAUGGUGGGCCUCCUUUCCCUGUACAAUUACAGUAUGGUCAAUCUCCUACUCCCCCCUUUUAUCAUACUUUGGUUCCUGUCCCCCAUAUGGGAAUGCCGGGAUAUGUUUGCCAUCCGCGUCCUGGACCUUUUCCAAGCGUUGAGACUCCUUUGGUGAAGUCAGGAGGUGAAAUGCCUGGACAGCCUUUCAUUCCCGCUGCGAGUGGCGUUAAUCCCAGUAGAAGUCAACCUUUGCCACAAGGAGAUCCUAAUGCUUGUGCUGUGAAUUUUUCAAAUAGAAGACCUAAUAUGCAGCGGUCUGGUGGUACUUCCCAACCGUGGAAUCAUCGAGCAUUUGGGCCCGGAGAGACCAUUCCAGUGCAACAGGUUGUUGGACCAAGAACGUAUUUUAGGGCUCCAUUCUAUGGUCCAGCCCCUGGAUUUAUGGUUGGUCCAGGCUUCCCAGGACCUUCAUCCAUAUGCUAUGUUCCUUUUGCUCCUCGAGGACCUUAUCCUCCGCACUUUGUUUCACAUCCUGUAAAUCCAGGGGCUAGCACACUACCCCCAGAAACACUGGCAUUGAAAUCGAGCAUUAUUAAACAAAUUGAGUAUUACUUCAGUGAUGAGAAUUUGCAGAAUGACAAUUAUCUAAUUGAGUUGCUGGAUGAACAAGGAUGGGUUUCAAUAUCCGAAAUUGCUAACUUCAGAAGGGUACAGAAAAUGUGCACCAACAUAGAAUUUAUCCUCUAUGCUUUGCAAAGUUCGAGCACUAUUGAAGUAAAGGGUGACAAUAUAAGAAAGCGAGAUGAGUGGUCAAAGUGGGUUCGCAAGAGAAAUGAAUCUACAUCAAAAGCUGAGACUCCUAAAAGUCAACUUGGUGUUGAUUCUUUUGUGGAUAGCGAUGCUACUGAGGAUAAAGCAGAGAGUCUCUUGCAGGGAAGCCGUGCCACACAUCCAUCUUGUGAUGCGGAGUGUAAUUUGAAUGGAAAAACUUGUCAAUCAGCCGUCAAGUGCUUAAACCAUGCUACUAGCACUACUUUUCCUGAUGAUGUACGGGAGACAGAAUCAACAACAUUGGGCGAUUAUGUGAGACAGAGAAACCAAGCGCCAUCAGUUACGUCUAGAAACGUUAAUGCUUCUGACUUGUCUGAUGACUUCUCUAGCACAUUUAUGCUUGAUGAAGAGCUGGAGCUAGAGCAAAGUACUGUGAAAAGAGACGACCUUUCUCUCAUUAGAAGAGUUGAUGAUGAAGAAGAUGACAUUGGCUAUGAUCAUGAUGUUCAGAGACUAGUGAUAGUAACACAGAAUGGCAGGAUUGGCAAAUGUUAUGAAACUGGAGGCAAUGAAUCGAAGUCAAUCCCUAGGGAGCUUGCUUCUGCAAUUGAUGAGGGUCUUUACUUCUAUGAGCAGGAACUGGAAAAAAAGCAAUCCAAUCGUCGAAAGAACGACUGUUUGGAAAACGGGUCUGGAAAAUGUGGCCCUGGAGUAUCAAACUUCAAGCUGGGGGAACAUUUUGCUACGUCCAGCAGUCCUGGUGAAUCUGGCCUUAGUAAUGCCCGCAGAAAGCAAAAUAAGAGUACCUCUAAGCAACACGCAUCCUUUAAGCAGCGAUUUUUUUCCAGCAACUUCAGAAAUCAUGGUACUGCUCCAAGCACUGUAGGAGUGAUAUCGGAGAGUCCACCGAGCAAUUCCUUUGGUUAUUUCUUUGGGUCUACUCCUCCUGAAAACCAUGGGCCCAGGUCUUCAAAAUUGAGUAAUUCACCUCAUGGAAAUCUCUCUGGCUGUAGUCCACCUGUUGGUUCGAUGCCAAAGUCAUUUCCACCAUUUCAACAUCCAAGUCACCGUCUUUUGGAGGAAAAUGGUUUUAAACAGCAAAUGUACCUGAAGUAUCGCAAACGGUGCUUGAAUGACAGAAAGAAGUCAGGAAUUGGUUGCAGUGAGGAAAUGAACACACUGUACCGGUUUUGGUCAUACUUUCUUAGAGACAUGUUUGUCCCUUCUAUGUAUGAAGAGUUCCGCAAAGUUGCACUCGAAGAUGCUGCGGCUAACUACUGUUAUGGACUGGAGUGCCUUUUCAGGUUCUAUAGUUAUGGCUUGGAGAAGGAAUUCAGGGAGGAUCUGUAUAAGGAUUUUGAAAAGCUCACCCUCGACUUCUACCAUAAAGGCAACCUUUAUGGCCUUGAGAAAUACUGGGCAUUUCACCAUUAUCGCAACCAGAAAGAUCCAAUUAAGAAGCUACCGGACUUGGAGAGGUUGCUCUUAGAGGAAUACCGCACCUUGGAUGAUUUCCGUGCUAAAGAGAAAGCUAACAUCACGAAGGAGGUGGGCCAUUAAGGAGCAGUUCACUAGUUGUUCCGGCGUGGCAACGUCCAAUUUUGGAAGAGCAAUUCUAACGAUUUGACCGACAGGUUUGAGAUACGGAAGCUUCUGUUUUUGGCGUGGAUGGAAAGAAGUGGUUGUGUCUUUUAUACUUUUUGGGUUCAGGGCACCCUUUGCUCUAGCUACGAGCAUUCACUUGGGGCUGAGGCUUUUUUGCCCCCUUCGGACAGUUCUUUCAGCUCUCGCGUUGUCUUUAUUCUUGUCCACAGGAGGGAGGUGCUUUUGUGCAUAUCCUCAGUUGUAACUUGUAUAUAAAGGGGUAAAACCAAAACCAAAACCAAUAAAAAAAAAAUCAAAAUAAGGUGGUCAGUUUUGAAUCUCGUCCACAAUGGAACAAUAAGAGAUUGCUAUGCCAGUGUGUUUGGUAGCCUCCUUAUAA